GCCAGCGGGAGGGGCUCAGGUUCUAGGGAGCGGUCCUCGCCUGGGAGGAUAUCUGCACGUCGGUCCCGCCCUGGUUCGGCCACUCCCCGCAGCAAGGAUGCUCCAGCGGUUUCGCAGGGGCCGCAAAAGCCAGUUUAAACACAUCAUCCAUGGCCUCCUACCUGCAGCCAGCAUCGCACCGAAGCCGGCUGUGCCCCGCACACCUCCUCCCCGCAGCCCCAACCCUUCUCCAGAGAGACCAAGAUCUGCUCUGGCUGCAGUCAUCCUAGCAACAACACUGACCGGCCGGACCGUUGCCAUUCCUCAGCCUCGCCAGAGAUCCCUGUCUGAGAGUGACACGACCUACGUUGAAAAGGACAGUUUCAUCGAACCCUAUGCCACCACCUCCGAGCUGAGGCUUCAACCAAAUUGGCAGCAUGAGACAAGAAGAUCUUCUUUGCCGUCCUUUGAAAUGCUGGGCUACAGGGAGGAGGAGGACACUGACGCACAGCUGUCCUCGAGCUGCGGGGAGUCGGCGGAUGCCAGCGCUUACAAAGCGGAGGGAGGUCUCAGUGACGCUGUGUAUGCCGUGCCCCACAGAAAUCAGGUCCCACUGUCACAUGGGGUGGACAGGGAAGAUGACGAAAAUAUUUCUGACCAGGAUGGGUUUCCAUGCUCGCCUCUUACAACACAACGUACACAAGAAAAAGAUGAUAAACAUUCUGUUCUGAAUUUAAAGGAUGAAAAACCACCAUUAUGUGAAAAGCCUCCACCCUCCCCAGAUAUAACUGGUAGAACACAGCAAAGAUGUAUAGAAAUAACCAAAGAAAAGUUCAAGGAAUUAAAAGAAGAAAAUGUGUUUCUAAGCAAUGCAAAUCAAACCCUUACUCUUGAACUUAACCUAAUAAAACAAGCAAUGAAAGAACUACAAUUAAAACUGAAAAGAACGGAAAAAGAAAACCAAAAGUUGAAAGAGGCUGAGAAAGCCUCCCCUCAGGAAGUAGUUGCUGCCUCUGAGCUACUUUAUCUAAGAAAACAAGCUCAAGAACUGGUGGAUGAAAAUGACGGGUUAAAAAUGACUGUCCAUCGUUUAAAUGUAGAAUUGAGUAGAUAUCAGACAAAAUUCAGGCAUUUGUCCAAGGAAGAGACUUUAAAUAUUGAUGGCCUCCCAUCAAAGGGCCCGACACCACCCUGGUUGUUGGAUAUAAAGUACCUGUCACCCUUGUUACUGGCCUAUGAAGACCGAAUGAAAGAGAAGGAUGAGCUCAAUGCCACCCUUCAGGAGGAAAUGAGGAUGUUUAGGAUGCGAGUCCAGGAAGUGGUGAAAGAAAAUGAAGAAUUGCACCGAGAGUUAACCAAGAGUUGUCCUGUUACCAGUGAGGAAUGGCGUCAGCUUCAGACUCAGGCAGAACUGGUUUUAGAGGAAAACAAGUUGUUGAUAGAGCAGCUGGAGAUUCAGCAGAGAAAAGUCAAGGACACCCACCAGGAGCGUCUCCAGGAAGUUUCUAAACUGACUAAACAACUAAUGCUUCUGGAGACUAAAACACAGAACCAAAAAAAAGAACUAACUGAAAACAAGGAGCAGUUGGAAAUUUUACGUACUGAAUGCCAGGACCUAAAAACACAGUUGGAUGGUAAAAUUGCAGUGAACGUUCAUGCUUCAAUUGUAAAUGAAUUAAAAAGCCAGUUGCAGAAGGAAGAGGAGAAAGGAGGUGCCGAGAUGGAAGAGUUGAUGGGAAAGUUGGCACUGCUGCAAGUGCAGAAACAGAGCCUGCUCUUAGAGAAGAACAGUCUGGCAGCUAAAAACCAAGCACUGGGAGCCGAACUCGACAGGGCACAGAAAAUAAAUAGGAGGUCUCAAAAGAAAAUUGAUGUCCUCAAAAAGCAGGUGGAAAAAGCCAUGGAGAAGGAAAGGUCUGCUCACCAGUACCUGGCAAAUCUUGUCAGCCUGGCAGAGAAUAUAACCCAGGAACGCGACAGUCUUAUGUGUUUGGCUAAAUGUUUAGAAAGUGAGAAGCAUGGAGUUCUCAACAAAAUCACAGAAGGCAAUAUUCGCUUGGGAAGGUUAAAAGAAAAAAUCAAGGGGUACAAGAAGCAGGCGGCACUGAAAGUGGAUGACAUUAGUCACCGCCUGACAGAGCAGCAGGAAGACUUCGCUAGCAAGACAGCUCAGUACCAGCAAGAGAUGAGGCACCUCCAUCGGGUGCUGCAGGACAAGCAGGAUAUCCUGGACCAGGCACUGCAGCAGAAAAGAGAAAUGGAAGGCGAGCUUGAGGUUGUUUGGCAGUCUACCUCCAAGGAAAACCAAAGAAUCCGAGAGUUGCUGCAGGCCGCGCUGCAGAGGCCCGGUGUGUGGGACGGCCCUGGGGAGGUGUGCUGGGCGGCCGCAGCUCCGUCGACUGCGACAUGAAGCCACCUCCCGCCUCCCGCCGCCGCCACAGCCCGCGCCGUGACUGGGGCCCUGGCCCAGAGCUCUGCCUUCCCCGGGACUGGGAGGCACAGGGGAAGGGCCCACUCCCACUUCCCGCUGCAGCGUUUCUCCUCAUCAGGGCAAGGUAGAAAUAAAUUGUCGCAGAAAUUUAA